AGCAGCAGUCAGUCGGUCGGUCGGUGUCCUGUCAUCCAGCGGCAGGGGCAGCGUGGGCGGACCGGGAAACCUCAUUCACACCGAAAUUCAGAGCGGCGGCGGGCGGAUAGCUGUAGAGGAGCCGGUGUGCUUCACACUGAACAGCGGUUUCAUUCGUGUCAUGUUUUACAUCUUUAUGGGACACGAGCACCGCCCUCGUUAACAUCUGGAGAGCUCGCGCUUCAUAGUGAAACUACACUUCCUCGUGCCCGCGUGAUGUGUGGCAGGGAUAACUUAUGAAGUGACCGGCGUUUAGCAUCUCACCGGUGGAGCCGUCGGUGCUGUGCUGUACUGUGCUGCAGGAACCGGACUCAGUUGGAAGCUGGCAGGCGUAGGGGGAGCUAGCGAGCAUGGAUGAGCCGGGCAGCAGGAACAGCAGCCUGCAGAGGAAAAAGCCGCCAUGGCUCAAACUGGACAUCCCCACAAUCCAGCUGACGCCGGACGACACGCCCACACUCACCCAGCAGCCAGUAAAGCGCCUGCGCAGUGUCAGCAUGCCAGGUGAAAACCCUCAGACCUGCAUUGCUGCCCUGGAAACUUCCAACAACUACCUCAGACCUCCUCCAGAGAGAUUGCCCUCCUUCACACAGUCCAUCAAGAGUGAGAAAAGGGUGCGCUUUGAGCGGGUCAACACAGUUCCCCCAAAGGGCCAGAGGGAGCCCAGGAGGGUGUCAACCGUCCGAAGGCGGUCCUGCAUCCCCAAAAUACUGACCCGACGGCGUUCAUCGAUACCCAAACAGAUCAUCAGGGGUACGGCCGACUGGUUUGGAGUGAGCAAAGACAGCGACAGCACCCAGCGAUGGAGGAGGAAGAGCCUGCAGCACUGCAGCCAUCUGUACGGGGGUCUAAAGCCACAGGUGAUGAGGGAGAUGGAGCUCCACAGCCAGGACAACCUCUCCCUGGCCAGCACUGAGACCCCUCCUCCCCUCUACCUCCCACCCCACCACCCCAGUCACCACCACUAUGGCAUGCAGAGGAUCGUAGACCCCCUGGCCCGGGGUCGUGCCUUCCGCAUGGUGGAAGAGGUAGACGGCUUUAGUGUCCCGCAAACUCCCAUCACGCCCGGCACUGCGUCCCUUUGCUCCUUUUCCAGCUCCCGCUCCGCCCUCAACCGGGUGCCACGACGACGCAAACGGGAGUCUGUCGCAGUCAUGAGCCUCAAGGCUGCGGCAGCACUGAUGAAGGGCCGCACAUUAGGGGACAGCACCGCCGGGCGAUCUCGCAGACGGAGUUUCAUGCCUCCUAGUUUCUUUGAAGACGACACCGUGGACUUCGCUGAUGAUCUCGAUACUUCCUUCUUCACCAGAGAAGGCCUGCAUGACGAGUUGUCCAGCUAUGCCGAUGAAGUCUUCGAGACACCAUCAGAGGCCGACCUCAAACAUUUGGAUGAGAGCGAGCUCACGGGAAGUGCGCUGGACAAGAAUGAACUGGAGAGGAGUCACCUCAUGCUGCCCUUAGAGCGAGGCUGGCGGAAGGCAAAAGAAGGCUCUCUGGUCCAACCGAAGGUGCGUCUGAAACAGGAAGUAGUAAGUGUCAACAGCCAUCAGCAGCGCGGACAAAGGAUUGUGGUUCCCGUUAAGAAACUGUUUGCAAAAGAGAAGAGGCCCUACGGGCUCGGCAUGGUGGGUCGUCUCACAAACCGGACGUACCGCAAACGCAUCGACAGCUUCGUCAAAAGACAGAUUGAGGACAUGGACGAUCACAGGCCUUUCUUUACCUACUGGAUCACAUGUGUCCAUCUGCUCAUCACCAUCCUGGCUGUCACCAUCUACGGCAUUGCUCCUGUGGGCUUCACCCAACAUGAAACUGUUGACUCUGUCUUGAGGAACAAGGGAGUUUAUGAAAAUGUUAAGUUUGUGCAACAACAAAACUUCUGGGUCGGUCCAAGUUCAGAGGCGCUGAUUCACCUGGGAGCCAAGUUUUCCCCGUGCAUGCGCCAAGACGAAGAGAUCCACAAACUGAUCCAGGAGAAGAGAGCGAGGGAGAGGGAGUCAGGCUGCUGCGUGAGGAACGAUCGCUCCGGCUGCCUGCAGACUCUACAGGAGGAGUGUUCGAGCACCCUGGCAGUGUGGGUGAAGUGGCCUCAGCACCCCAGCGCUCCCACUCUGAAUGGUACACUCCGCCAGCAUGGUGCAGUCUGCCAUCAGGACCCCAGAAUCUGUCUAGAGCCGGCCUCAGUUUCGCCUCACGAGUGGCCUGAUGACAUCACCAAGUGGCCAGUUUGUACACGGUACAACUCUGGGAAUCACACCAACCUCCCCCACAUAGACUGCACCAUCACAGGCCGGCCCUGCUGCAUUGGAACCAAAGGACGAUGUGAGAUCACUUCCAGAGAAUACUGUGAUUUCAUGCAUGGCUACUUCCACGAGGAGGCUACUCUCUGCUCACAGGUGGCUUGUAUGGAUGACGUGUGUGGUUUGCUGCCUUUCCUCAACCCGGAGAUCCCAGACCAGUUCUCUCGACUCUGGCUGUCUCUCUUUCUUCAUGCUGGGAUCCUGCACUGCCUGGUGUCAGUGUUCUUCCAGAUGACGGUGCUGAGGGACUUAGAGAAGCUGGCUGGCUGGCUGAGAAUCUCCAUCAUCUACAUGCUCAGCGGCAUCACUGGCAACUUGGCCUCAGCCAUCUUCCUGCCUUACAGAGCAGAGGUGGGCCCUGCAGGCAGCCAGUUUGGCAUCCUGGCCUGUCUGUUCGUGGAGCUGUUUCAGAGCUGGCAGAUCCUCGAGCGACCCUGGCGGGCUUUCGCCAAGCUGCUGGCCAUCUCGGUUUUCUUCUUCUCCUUUGGUUUACUUCCGUGGAUUGACAACUUUGCCCACGUCUGCGGUUUUGUGUCAGGAUUCUUCCUGUCCUUUGCCUUCCUGCCAUACAUCAGCUUUGGCCAAUCCGACAUGUACCGGAAGCGUAUCCAGAUCUGCGUCUUCCUGCUGGUCUUCCUAGGUCUGCUCUCCGCCCUGGCCGUCCUCUUCUACGUCUACCCGGUGAAGUGCGACUGGUGCGAGUACCUCACCUGCAUCCCGAUCACGGACAAAUUCUGUGAGAAGUACGACCUGAACGCACACCUCCUCUGAACAUCAGCCCCUGAAAUAAAUGUCACCUCGACUGUUUCUGGAUGUGCACUGAGGCUGAACUGGUCAUUAAUGUUGGCUAUGGAGCAGCUUGUGACAUUUUCCUGGAAUAAUGACCAGAAUUUCAGGAUUUCAUGUGGAUGUAUUUGUUUCACUGUUUGGAAAAGUUCAACAGACCCAUUAAGAGUAAAGGCUGAGCAUGUGAGCCUUCAGGCAUUUAAAAAUUUUCACACGCAUGGGAACCCAACUAUCAAUGUAAAGCUGACUGAAAAGGACUAACCAUUAUUUUGUGUGUGACUGAUCUCUAGCUGGGCUAAUCAAUGAGCAGUCACACUGGAGGCGAGUUACAUAGACAAUUGUUCCUGCCAAAUGAUUUACCUCUCCUGUGUGGUAACUUAACAGUGCCGCUCAGUGGCCAAAAGGAACAGUACAACCUGAAGAAGCUGCAGUGGCUGAGCGGAGGAUGUUUGUUUUGUACUUUUUUACUGGAUGUCUUUAGAGUUCAAACUCGCCAAUAAAUGAGACUGUAAAAUGUGCCUUAUUGACACAAAACCACGGGAUGUCUUUUUGUGCCAUGUAUGAGUUUGUGUCAGUAGUUUCUGACGUUUUGGAUCUUGUUCCUCAAUCGCUGUAGAAACUGCAUCACACAAUCUGACACACUCAUAUAAUAUAUAUGGUCUUACUUCAGUAUUUAGUGGCUGAAAUGCCACUUUGUUUUUUGUUUUUUUACCACACUGGAAACAUUAGUUUCCAACACAGCCUUUAAAGCACUUCAGUCAUCAAUGGAUUGUUUUUUUUAUAUUCGCCCAGUGUUACAUCUGUAAAGAACGCACUUGUAUGUUAAUCUGCUCCAUUGUGAAUAGCUGUUAUUGAGGUGAAGUUGUGUUUUUAUUCAUUGUGGUGGCGUUUUAGCUACCUGACAAUAAACAAAACAAGACGGUUCA